ACUCUGUACUGAUGGCUUCAACAAACCCACUGCCAUCUGAUCUCCUGAAAUCCUUAAGGGAGCAACACAACCAGCGGAAAAUCAUUAACAGAACUACAAUGAGUCAGGACAUACGCAUAGUUUUGGUUGGUAAAACAGGAGUUGGCAAGAGUGCUACAGGAAAUACUAUUCUUGGUGAAAGGAUAUUUUUGUCAGAGCCAAGAGGUACAUCAAUCACUAAAGAGUGUGCAUUUGAAUCGCGGAUGAUAAACAGAAAGCAGAUUUGUGUCGUGGACACUCCUGGUCUAUAUGACACAAAUCUGUCCAAUGAAGAAGUCUUAAAUGAGAUUGUGAAUUGCAUCAGACUUGCAGCUCCAGGUCCUCAUGUCUUUCUUCUUGUAAUUGCCAUUGGGCGCUUCACUAAAGAAGAGAGGAACACCGUUGGAUUGAUUCACACAGCCUUUGGCCCAGAAGUGCUCAGACACAUGAUGGUCUUGUUCACCAGGGCAGAUGAUCUUGAAGAAAGGAGAAUUGAAGAUUACAUUGAGGAGGCACCAGAGCUAAAAGAAGUGAUAAAUGCAUGCACAGGGAAAUACCAUAUACUCAACAAUAGAGAGAAGGCAGACCGUACACAAGUUUAUGAGCUCAUUAAGAAGAUUGAAGUUAUGAUAAAACAGAAUCAUAACGGCUACUAUAGCCACCACAUGUUUACAAUGGCAAAUGAACUCAAUAAUGCUCAGAGAUCCAUGAAGGAAAAGGAUAGAAUUAUUGCUGACCUAAAAAAUGAAAUAAUGGCAUUACAAAAAGAAACAGAUAAGUCAUCUUGCAGCAUACUAUAGCAUACUUGAGUAUCUGAUGCCAGCAUUUCAUAAAAUGUAUAAACGGGGCAUUACAAAAUUCACAAGUAAGAAGAUAAACAUUAAAUCAAUGUUAAAUUCUAACAAUUCAUGAUUUUAUUAAUCUUUUUGUUUUUCUUUUUGAUUUUUUAAAACAUAUAUGUUUACUUUAUGUAUUCUUUUAAUUACCUGACUGAACAUGUAAAGAUAAUCUGCUUCAUUCCUAAAGGAAUUUGGUGGGGGUUAGAAGUUUACAGACUCUAUUAUUGCAUAUUGUCAAUUUUUAACACAGUAACCAUUUUCAUUUUAUGUAAGUUUGUUUUGCUAUUUUUAAUUUUGUUAUCUCCAAUUACUUUUUAGAUUUAUUAUUAUUAUUAUUAUUAAUAUCAGCCUACUACCACCACCACCACAUUCAUGUGUUUUAUUAGUGUGGCUAGAAAAAUAAAAAAUGAAAGUCAAUGUUUUAUAGUUGACUCUUUUGUGAGUCUUUUUACAGCUUUUCAUUACACUCCACCCUUACAGUUUUCCUUUAACUGCACAUGCACAUACAUGCAUAUGCACAUACAGUAUACACUGUAUACAGAAUGUAUGUAUGUACAAUUGAUGAAUUUUGCACAGUUCAAUACUGAACUGACUUGAGCAGUAUAAUGAUAUUAUUGACUUGUUAGAGCUGCUUUACAGCAGAAUUUGAAUUUGUUACUAUUGUAAAGCUUCUGUGAAAUAAUCUAUAUUGUAUAAAGUGUUUUAGAAAUAAAGUUGACUUUCUGA